UUUUUUUCUCUGUCUCCCAACAGCAGGCGCUGAAGGCCAGGCAGAAGGAAGGCCUAGAGAGCCGGUCGUCGAGUCCACGAGACUCGGGUCUGGUGAUGUCGUCCUCGGACGCCGAGGGCGACCCGAGGUCUCCGUCCGGCGCCUCCUUCAGGAGUUCCUUGGCGUUCUUCCAGAGGGCCGCUCAUCUUGUGGCUAAUAACACUAAAAAUUCAAGAGCCCGGCACAAGGAGGCCAGAAGACGCUCUUCCCGAGGGAGCAGUAGCUACGGCAGUAGCAGUAGCGAGGCGUCGGAGGACCCCAGCGCCGACCCCAUCGGCAGCGGGGCGUUCGACGGUGGCCCUGGGGAGACCGGCUUCGAGGAGGACCUGAUGGCCCGCUUCGAGGACCAGGGGACCUACGAGCAGGUCCUGUUCAUCAACGGACGCCCCCAGUAUCCGGAGGACUUGAGUUGGACGUGCGAUACCGAGCGUAACAGCGGCAACAGUGGCGGCGGCGGCAGGAGGCCGGCGGGGGUGGCGGCGCCCAGUCUGGAGCCGCAGCUACUCUCAGCGGCUCACAGUUACCCCGCGACCGUCAGACGCGCCGCUACGGACAGCCUCGCCUCCGCCGCUGAGGCUCAGACGCAGACGCAAGCGGAAGACGUCGGCGGCUAUGUGACACUCCCCAGGAGAAAGCCAUACCUAAACUUUAAGAGUGUAUCUAGUGCGGCGAGUAGCGGUGGUGCAGAGUUGGAUAAUGAGGAUUUGAGAUAUUGUAGGGAUAGAAUAGGUGUAGGGAGAAAGAGUGAUAUUAGCACGAUAACCCGCGCGCAGAGCUUUAAGGAAGGUCUCAACUGCUAUUCUAAUGAUUAUCCCAAUAGUGCCUAUGGAUUAUCAAGGACUAGGAGCUUCCACGAUGGCUUAGCCAGUGAUUUCAACGAGUUAGAAAGUGUCAAGCCGAAGCUUCAGAGGGCCCCGUCGGUGGAUGAGAUUCUGGAGUCGGUCAAGUCCCUUCGGGCCAAGAAAACAAUGGUUAAGUCCACUCCGGAUCUCCUGAGUGCCCAGGAGCCGGUCUAUCACUCGGCCUCGCUGCCCCGUCACAAGGGCAGCAAGGGCAAGUCGUCCUCGAAGGCCUCGGGGACGUCGUCCUUGUUGGGUGUGCGAUAUAACAGCUCCUCCAACCCUCCGAAGUUCGACCGAGUGCCGGAACCCGAUUACGAACAGAUCCCAGAGGUGGGAACGCCGUACUACGAGAACGUGUGUAGAGGGAACAACGACUACGAGAACGUCCACCUGAAGGGCGAGGUGAUCUACGACAGCCCGAGGCCCACCGAGCACCACUACGACAAGGUGCACAAUGACCUCCACUACGAGAACGUCAAGUUCGACGCGGCGGUCUACGAGAAUCUAGACGAGAAAGAACCCACUUACAUGAACGUCCACGGCAACAAGUCCAACGUUUACGCCAAUUUGGACGCGAAUAGCAAGUCCGGAAGCUUAAAGUCGUCCAAAUCGCGGCUGAACAAAGUGACCAUAAGCGGGAACUCGCUGGUGCAAGGCACGACUUACGACGUGCCCCGCGCCGCCACGCACAUCUACGACUCCCCGCAGAAACAGAUCCGUUCCGUGGGGUCGACCCAGACCAGCGAGUACGACACUCCCAAAAACAACCGUUCGGUCUUGCCCCAGUCCACUCAGAUCGUCCUCAAGGCCAAAAGUGAACAGAAAAUGAAGAUCGACGAGAUCUUCGCCGACUGCGACCUGGACUCCUUGGAGGGCGACCGUGAUAGACAGCCGGAUAUUCCUUCACCAGGUCAGUCAUAAUACGCUGUUUCAUUU